GCAGCAGUAUCGAAACCGAAACUUACAGCAGUGGUGAACUUCCUUUCUACAUCGGAGCUCGUUGUUGAAGCAUCGGGAAAAUGCCACCCAAGAAGGACACUAAAGGAAAGGCGGAUCCGUCGAAGUCCGGAAAAAAGAAAGAAGGUUCUGGAGGAGGAAAGGCUAAAAAGAAGAAGUGGUCGAAAGGAAAGGUUCGCGAUAAGUUGAACAACCUCGUGUUAUUCGAUAAGGCAACGUACGACAAGCUCUACAAAGAGGUUCCAUCAUAUAAACUGAUUACGCCCUCCGUAGUAUCCGAGCGUCUGAAAAUUCGUGGCUCUCUAGCGAAGAAGGCUCUGGAGGAGCUUAUGGAGAAGGGCCAAAUCAGGCUCGUCUCGAAGCACCACUCUCAGAUCAUCUACACGAGGACAACGAAGGCUGAGGAUGCUUAAAUGAAUAAAUAUUCGAUCCUCGAAAAUCUGUAAA